CACCCUCUGGGAAUCUGCCUGGGAGUGCACUUGCUGCUCUCUUCCACCAGGCCUGUCCCCGGUGCGUGCGCCCGAUCCGUGUCCGUGUCCGUGUCCGCGCCUAUCAAUAAAGUUGCUCACUUGUUGCCGGCCCGCUAGCCCGAAAGGUUGCGCGCGCAGCCCGAGAAGUCUCGCGAUAGCCAGCCGCGGCUGCCUUUGCGCUUGCCGAGCCGGCGGGGUCCGUGGUGCGGGAUCUGGGUUGCAGGCUAUGGCGCCGACGGUUUUUCGUCAGUACUGGGAUAUCCCCGAUGGCACCGAUUGCCACCGCAAAGCCUACAGCACCACCAGUAUUGCCAGCGUCGCUGGCCUGACCGCCGCUGCCUACAGAGUCACACUCAAUCCUCCGGGCACCUUCCUUGAAGGAGUGGCUAAGGUCGGACAAUACACGUUCACUGCAGCUGCUGUCGGGGCUGUGUUUGGCCUCACCACCUGCAUCAGCGCCCAGGUCCGCGAGAAGCCCGAUGACCCCCUGAACUACUUCCUCGGUGGCUGCGCCGGAGGCCUGACUCUGGGAGCACGCACGCACAACUACGGGAUUGGCGCCGCCGCCUGUGUGUACUUGGGCUUAGUGGCCUCCCUGGUCAAGAUGGGCCGGCUGGAGGGCUGGGAGGUGUUUGCAAAACCCAAGGUGUGAGCCCUGUGCCUGCCGGGACCUCCAGCCUGCAGAAUGCGUCCAGAAAUAAAUUCUGUGUCUAUGUGUG